CCAGUCAGUCAGAAGCUUAGUAGGUCAGCUCAGUACUGUCUUAACUGUCUGUGCCACUCAGCCGAGAUCACACUUUCACUAGUUGUACUGAGACUUGUCGCACCGAGAGGCUCCUUAUACAGGAUAGGAUCAUGUCUCUCAGGCUCCUGCCUGCUAUCAUUAUGGACAAUGAUGAAGACGAUGAUGGCAACUUCACAAAAUGGAUGAGUAGUUACUGGGGUCAUGGAGCAGAAUCUGGGCACUCCAGAGACAGAAAACGCAGUUUCAGAAGACCUGCAAAAACACAAGUCGAUCGAAGAGGAUCACUCCCAACUGUGUCACAAUUAGAUGCCAUGAAGUUGAACCGGCUCCACGCAGCGACGAUGGCGCCCACCCCCAGCCACCUUAAAACAAGAGAGGAGAAAGGGGAAGUCAGGCCCCACCAGAGAGCUCGUCGUGCCUCUUCAGACGACAACAGCCGUCCCAAGUCAGCCAUCCCGGAGAACCGCAUUACCACAAUCCCAGAGCUCACAGAGUCCUUUGAGAAGAGACUUUACCUCCGUGAUAAGAGGAAUGAUGAUGACAAGCUGUGCCUGAUCUGUCAUGAGGACAUGCGUAAGAAUGGAGGUACAGUUCAAGAGCUGCACUGUACACACCGCUUCCACAAAGAGUGCAUGGAGCAGUGGCUGUGGAAGAAACAGACGUGUCCCACAUGCCGUGUCCACGUGUCCAUGCCGAAGCCCCUCUACUGGUCCUCGUCCCGCAUCAAAGUCCCAUAACAGUCCUGCACCUCCGCUUGCCACGCCUGCAUGACUUCCCGACCCCCUUCACACCUCAGUCUUUCUGCAUGAACACCUGCUGGUCCUCAGACAAUAUGUUGUUUGAGGAAGCACUUGAAACACUCAAUGAGGUGACUUUAAUGUAGUUCAUCCUCUGUCAUAGGAGGGUUCUGGAUGCUGUAUGAGAGUUAAGGGACCCCAACAGAAGAGAUUUGGUGCUGUUUCUUUUUAUAGUAUCAGAAUGUUCUGUGUACAUUAUUAGCCCUAUUAUGAGAGAUUUUGUCUUUUUAUACAGAUUUCAUCAGUGUCAAAAAUAUUUGAGACAUGCUACACGGUGCAUUGAACCUGGAAUUAUAUGAACCAAAUUUCCUCAAGAUUACUUUAAUUUUUCUAAUUAUUGUCUCUUAAAAUUAUUUUUUGCACUUCUCAUUCACCUUAAAGCAGAUCUAGAGCUCAUCAACCACAUAAUUGGUGCCACAUUAAUUGACAGCUCGUGGUUACAGAGGGUUCCCUAUAGUUCUGAAAAAUAAACAUCCUGAAAACAAGACCUCUCCUUUGUCCUCUCCUUUUGAACAAGGUUACAGACCAACCUCAGUGUAAACAGUAUUUGCAUAUUCAAACUAAUCGGAGCCAGUAUUCUUCUUGUACUUUAGACUCUGCCCAUGUUAAUCACAGAACUAAAUGUUAAUGUUAAUAAAACUUCAUGACGAGGAGCUUUGUUAAUCUGAAAGUAAGCACUAUUAGUCAUCUUUACUCUUAGGUUAUGAACUCUCCCCCCUCAAACAGUGAGCCUGUCUGUCAUUCCUCAUUUUCCAUCUGCUUCAUGUCCCUGCCUUAUCUCUGCUAUUGUUUUGCAUGUGAAAUAUUUUGCAUGUUACGUCUUGUCGACUGUCAACACUACAAUGUUGAGCUUUCAAGCAUCUCUGUAACGUUGUGUUUCUUGCACUGCCAAAUCAGAGUUUACAGCUUGUGCUAAAUGUCCAACAAAAUCAGACUGCCUGUAUAUAAAUGUAUCUUACAAAUACAAAAAUAGUCAUCUUUCCAUGUAUAGCAUGUUAAUCACUAUAUUAUUAUUAUUUCAUGUGACUCAUACUAUAUAUUUAGCUUAAUAUACUGUAAGUCAGUCACUAACCACUAAAUCCUGGUAAUCUGCUGUGAUCCUUUUGGGUUUAUAUCCAACCAAAAUGAAUUUAUCUGCUGUACAGAUGAAGUCUGUUAAGAUCUGUAUAAUUAUGAGUGGGAAAUGACAUAGAACUAAACUCUAUUUACUGUCCUUACUGUGAGUGGCACAUUUGGUUUUUCAAUUGUCUUUCAUAUGUGAAAUAUUGAGCAUUUUGUUGCUGUCCUACAUUUUGAAACAAUUUUUACUCAUAACCAAAAAUACAGGAUUGUUGCGUAAAGCCUGCAUCACACUGCUGAGGCUUUGAAGGCUGAAGUGACACUACGACCAACACACAACCAGCCCGAAGCAGCGCCAGCCUUCAGCUGCCAUGUUCACUGUUUUCCUGAGAGAAGCUGGUGACACACAGCACUGUUAUUCUGUGACUG